AUGGCCGAGGGUAUAAUGUAUUCCCUUGACUGGCUCUUCGCUAUUGGUGUUCUCUUUUUCUUACUCUCUGCCUGGGCUAUUGGUGCCAAUGAUGUCGCUAACUUGUACGUAACCUCUGUCUCCUUACGGUCCCUCACGCUUGUCCAGGCUGGCUGUCUUGCCGUUUUGACCGAAUUUAUCGGCGCUAUCGCACUUGGUGAAAAGGUCACCGAGACUAUUCGUAAAGGCGUCUUCACGCUCGACCCCUUUAAAGACUCUCCUGGCACUCUCAUCUUAGCUAUGGUUAUUGCCGAGGCUGGCUCUGCUAUCUGGUUGACGGCCUGUACCCGCGCUGGUUUUCCUGUUUCCACUACCUAG